GGAUAUAAAUAGGACGCCACUCGAUCAAUAACCACACAUCGCAUAGGAAGAUAAGCAAGUGUGUGUGUGGGUGAGAGAGAGAGAGAGAGAGGAAAUGGAGAACUGCUUCCCAGUUAUCAACAUGGAGAAACUAGAGGGAGAGGAGAGGGAGAAGACCAUGGAGCUACUGCGUGAUGCUUGCGAGAAUUGGGGUUUCUUUGAGCUACUGAACCACGGAAUCUCCCGUGAACUCAUGGACGAGGUGGAGCGGCUAACCAAAGGCCAUUACCGGAAAUGCAGGGAGCAACGGUUCAAGGAAUUCGCGAGCAAAGCCCUCGAGGAAGGGAAACAAUCCGACACUACCAACAACAUGGACUGGGAGAGCACCUUCUUCCUUUGCCAUCUCCCAGAGUCCAACAUGUGCGAGAUCCCCGAUCUGGACGACAAAUACCGGAAGGCGAUGAAGGAAUUCGCGGUGGGGAUAGAGAAGCUGGCGGAGAGGCUUCUGGAUUUGCUCUGCGAGAACCUGGGGCUAGAGAAGGGGUAUCUAAAGAAGGCCUUCUGCGGGUCCAAGGGACCGACCUUCGGCACCAAGGUCAGCAACUACCCACCAUGCCCGCGCCCGGAGCUGAUCAAGGGCCUGAGGGCUCACACCGAUGCCGGUGGCAUCAUCCUUCUCUUCCAGGAUGAUCGGGUCAGCGGCCUCCAGUUGCUCAAGGACGGACAGUGGAUCGACGUGCCGCCUAUGCGCCACUCCAUCGUCGUCAACCUCGGAGAUCAGCUCGAGGUCAUUAGCAAUGGUAAGUACAAGAGCGUGAUGCACCGGGUGCUGGCUCGGACGGAUGGGAAUAGGAUGUCGAUUGCUUCGUUCUACAACCCCGGGAGCGACGCGGUCAUCUUUCCAGCGCCUUCCUUGCUGGAGAAAGAAGCAGAGAGGAAGAAUGAGGCUUACCCCAAGUUUGUGUUUGAGGAUUACAUGAAGCUGUAUGUGGGACAGAAGUUUCAGGCCAAGGAGCCCAGGUUUGAGGCCAUGAAAGAUUUGGAAAACGUCAGUGCACAUCCUAUCCUCACCUCCUAAGCGCAUGAACUGACGGAUAAGUGGUUAUUCGGACGAGACUCGUCAUCAGAUGUCCAACUGUUGUAGGAAAUGCAGAAGUAGGGAGUGUAUGAGGUCCUAGAAUGAAGGUCCCCAAGAAUAUGAUGUUUCUUCAUGCUUUCUUGUCUUGGGAAAUUAAUGAUCAUGUGUGCUUUGUGUACGUUUUGUUGCACUACGUACGUUAAUCUUAAAUAAUUAAUCACGACUUGCUAUUAUCGACA